AUGAGUGAAUCUCAAAUCCCCGUGGGCGAAUACUUGUUUCGCCGCAUUGCCUCACUUGGCAUAAAGCACAUUUUUGGUGUGCCUGGCGAUUUCAACCUCACAAUUCUUGAUCACAUUUAUUCUGUGCCUGAAUUGACGUGGCUGGGCUGCUGCAAUGAACUCAAUGCUGCAUACGCUGCAGAUGGGUAUACUCGUAUCCGGGAGCUUCCCGGAGUCCUACUCACGACUUACGGAGUAGGCGAGCUUUCAGCUAUUAAUGGGGUUGCUGGAGCUUACGCUGAGCAUGCUGGAAUGAUUCACAUCGUUGGCAUGACUAGUAGACAAGUCCAACAGAAGAGACCAUUGAUCCAUCAUACCUUUGAACCAAACAUGGAUCAUACCAUCUAUAUGCAAAUGAGUGCUCCUGUCAGGAAGACACAUGCUCUCCUAGUCAACGAAGAGACGUUGACGGCUGACAUCGAUCGAGCAAUCGAGGAAUGCGUAAAGAGCCGCCUUCCAGUAUACAUUUUCAUUCCGAUGGAUGUCCCGUCGAUUCUAGUCCCUGCUUCGGCUCUCGACAAGAAAUUGGAGUUGGACGUCGUGAAUAAUGUGGGUACCGAGUCGAAGAUUCUAGACAAGGUACUUCACGCCCUCGAGAAAGCCAAAAACCCAGCUAUUCUUGCCGACGUCCUUACAAUUCGCCAUGGUGGGAGAGACCUCGUACGGGAGCUUGCUGACUUGACUCAAUUCCCGACAUACUCCUGCCCACUGUCCAAGGGAAUUAUUGACGAGGAUAAACCCUAUUAUAUGGGAGUAUAUAGCGGAAAAGUUUCAUUUCCUGGCGUGCGAGAAGCUCUCGAAAGCUCUGACUUAAUCAUCAACACGGGCACUUUGCAAACCGAUUCUAAUACUGGCGGCUUUACCCGAAACAUUCCCGUGGAACGGCUUAUUCUGCUUGAGCACGACAGCUGUGUUGUGCUCGGUGAAAAGUUCCCCAACAUGCACUUCCUUCCGAUCUUGCGUCGACUUGUCAAGGAGCUUAGGAGCAAGGCUUCCCGCUAUGGUCUCCCGGCCCCAGCACCAAGUCACAAACUUAUACCUCCGCAACUGCGGUCCGACCGUACAGGGCCGCUGAUACAAGAUUUUGUCUGGCAGAGGAUCGGGCGUUCUCUGCAACCAAAUGAUGCUCGGGCCAUCACAUCAACAUUCUGGUCUGCCAUUGGUUUCUCGAUUGGUGCAUGCCUCGGAGCAUGUGUUGCUGCCCGCGAAAUGGAGCACCCCGGUCGAGUCAUACUUGUUGUUGGCGAUGGUUCGUUGCAAAUUGCUGUUCAGGAGAUUGGGACUUAUAUUCGAUUCGGAUUUAAGCCCAUCAUAUUCCUUGUGAACAACAAUGGUUACUCGAUCGAAAGAGCCAUCCGCGGCGCCGAGCUCAGCUACAACGAUAUCAACUCCAGCUGGGACCAUCAACAGCUUUUGAGCCUGUUUGGAGCUAGGCCUGAUACCGGGGUCUCAAGCUUUAGCACCCAGUGCCAUACAGUGGAGGAACUUGAGGAUGUUCUUGAGAACAAGUCGCUCGCAAAUUGUGAACGCAUAUGCUUGGUUGAGCUGUUUUUCAGUCCAUUUGACUACCCUUGGCGCCUCGCAACCCAGGUAACCAAUACACUUGGAAGACCUCUGGAAAAGCAAGACAAAUUCGACUGA